AUGGAGGAGGGAAUCAAAAUCAAGGAAAAUGGACACUGUGAAAUGCCAACCAACAGGAAAUGGGCUGAGCAUCGUCUCAGACGUUUAAAGAGGAGAUUUGAAAGAGACAAGCAUUACCACAAAGACUAUGGAACCUUCCUAGUGGAGAGAUCAAGAAAGUGUUGUGAUCAUCCUGUGAAAUGUGUGCCAGAACGUCAGAGAAGUACAAAGAAGUUUGUGGACCAAAAAAGGAGGAGGAUCCACAAUGUCAACUACUGGUCGCUGUGUUCAGUCUGCAGCCUCAAACUGUCCUACGCAGAGCAGAAAUCAGUGGAAAAUCUUCAUUCAGAGCGGCAGCUGUCAAUUUCCUGCCACAUCAAAGAGGAAAAGGAGGAUGGAGAGGUUCAACGCAUCAAAGAGGAGGAGGAAGAGUUCCCACACAUAAAAGUGGAAGACCAGGAUGCAAUCAUCCAGGUUCCAUCCACUGGUGUCCAUUCGAAGAGUGAAGAUGAAGGUCGAAGUGAGGAGAGACGAGGGGUGGAGCAUUCGAGCAGGAACAGCUCAAGUGAUGGAGACCAUUGUGAAGGAUCAACAUCAGAUGGUCAUGAUGAACAGUCAGAUUUUACCUGUCACACUGCCAACAAAAGCUGGAAAUGUUCUCGGUGUAGGAAAGCUUUUGCUUUUAUGAGAAAUUUGAAACGACACAUGAAAAGACACACAGACAUCACUGAAGCUCUUCGAAUUAAGUGGCAGGAGCCUGAUCCUCUUCAGAUUAAAGAGGACAUUGAGGAAGAGGAGGUGCACCGCAUCAAAGAGGAAGAGGGGCCGAUUUCAAUUAAAAAAGAGGAGGAAGAAAAGAGGCCCCACAUCAAACAGGAAAACGAGGAGGAUACCAGCAAGUUUCCAUUGACUGGUCUCCCUAUGAAGAGUGACGAUGAAGGUCCAAGUGAGGAGAGCAGAGGGGCGGAGCCUCCAAGCAGCAGUUUAAGUCAACACAUGAGAAGAGAAAGUGAUGGAGACCAGAACAGAGGAUCACAUCUCAGUGCACUCUUAGCACCACUAUCAGAUCAUGAUGACCUGAGAUCAGAGUCUCCUGACGGUGAUGAUGAUGAUGAACAAUGUGAAGAAAUGGUAACCUGUUUUGCAUAUGGGUGCUACCACAGAAGUGGGGGAGAGGAUUGCAGGUUUUACAGAUUUCCACGGAAAAAGCAAACUUUGUGGGCAAGAUUGUGCAGACGAUCUGACAGACAACCAACACAGCCCAAUGAUCGCCUUCGUAGUUGUCACUUCAAAGAUGGCUUGAUGGAAAAUGACCCAGUGUACUUUCCGCACAUCCUCGAAAAAUGGAUAGACUCCGCUGAUCCAGGAAAGCGCAGUCAGGAGGAAUCGGAGACAUUUGUCCAUGAGAUGGCAACAAAUAGUCAGCAGCUGGAAGAUGAACAUGUCCAGACAGCUGAUGAUCAUGCACAUGAAGAUCACACCUAUGCCUCAACAGCUUGCUCAUCUAGAUGUCUGGAAGUUAAAGUACUUCAGAAAAAUGUUGAGGACCUCAUGCUUGAAUGUGAAAAGCGCAAACCCAUGUCUCUCUCCGACAUAAAGGACAGAGAAAAAAAGUUUCACGCUGGAUGCCCUUCCUGCCGCAACCCUCUGCAUUUAUCCGGGCUUUGGACCGGCCUACAGAACACACAGAGCAGAAAGUGUUGUAAUCGUCGUGUGAAGAUGUGUGCAAGAACAACAGGAGAGUACACGAAAAAAGUUUGUGGACCAAAAAGGGAGGAGGAGCCACAACGUCAACUACGGGACGCUGUGUUCAAUCUGCAGCCUCAAAUUGUCCAACGCAGAGCAGAUGUUAGUGAAUAUCUUCAUCCAGGCUGGCAGCAGUCUGUGUCUGGUCACAUCAAAGAGGAAGAACAGGGUGAAUGGGUUCAAUGCAUUAAAGAAGAGGAGGAAGAAAUCCUCCAUAUGAAAGAGGAAGAGCAGGAGGUAGUCAUCCAGGUUGCAUCCACUAGUGUCCAUUUGAGGAGUAAAGAUGGUCAAAGUGAGGAGACACAAGUGGCAGUGCCUCGUUGCAGGAACAGCUCAAGUGAUCGAGAAUGCAACAGGGAAGGAUCACAAACAGACGGUCACAAUGAUGAUGAUGAUAAUGAUAAACAGUCAGAAGGUGAUAGGAAAUGUCACACUGCCAACAAAUGCUGUAAAUGUUCUUGGUGUAGGAAAACAUUUGCUACUAUGAGAAAUUUCAAACACAUGAAAAAACACACUGCUGAGCAACCUUUUUCCUGCUCAGUUUGUGGUCAAAGAUUCACUCAGAAGGGAGAUUUAAAAAGACACACAAGAACACACACUGGUGAGAAACGUUUUUCUUGCACAGUUUGUGAUCAGAGAUUCACUCAGAAGGGAAAUUUAAAAAUUCACACAAGAACACACACAGGUGAGAAACCCUUUUCCUGCUCAGUUUGUGGCCAAAGAUUUAUUCAGAAGGGAGAUUUAAAAAGACACACAAGAACACACACUGGUGAGAAACCUUUUUCCUGCUCAGUAUGUGGUCAAAGAUUCUCUCGAAAGGGACACUUAAAAGUACACACAAGAACACACAGUGGUGAGAAACCCUUUUCCUGUUCAGUUUGUGGUCAAAGAUUCUCUCGGAAAGAAACCUUAAAAAUACACACAAGAACACACACUGGUGAGAAGCCUUUUUCCUGCUCAGAAUGUGGCCAAAGAUUCUCUGUGAAUAAAAGUUUAAAAAGACACACAAGAACACACAUCAGUAAACUUUUCGCCUGGUCACUUUGGUCAAACAUUAAGUACAGUAAUCCCUCUUUUUCUUUGGUUAAUGGGGACCAGAACCCCCCGUGAAAUGUGAAACACUGAGAAGCAGCCCACCCCACAACACACACACACACACAAUCACCCACCACCCACGCGCAAGGAAUUUUCAUGAAUGCGUAUCUGGGUACCAGAAUUAUUAAAGUACUGUAUGUAAACAGUAUUUAUACUUUAGAUAUUGGAGACUAAAUUUACAACACUAUGUGUAUUUACUUAAGUCUUUGUCAGAUUUAUCACCUGACUUCUGUCUCAUGAGGAGAACGUAAGAGACUAGACAGUAACAGUCUCCAACCCCGUUCUGAACCAACGUUUCGCACACUUUUUUUCAUAUUUGUUUUGAAAGCACACAAGGUCAAGAGGGAGGGGUGAGGAAGCAAGUUGACAAAGGCACAUUCUUUGAUAACAAUGUGUGUGUGUUGGUGAACUUGUCAUUGGCCACUUCUCGGGAGAUCAGGGGUCGGCUGGUACACCUGUGUGGGGACUGUGCAUCCAAGGAUAAUACUUUGGCUUUGUAGAAAAUCCAUAAUAAAUGUAUUUACAAUAAUUCUAACAAUCUUUAAUUAUAAAACCUUUGUUAAUCUUUCCUGCAACAGUCACCUGACCAUCGUUGGGAAGCUCUCUAUCUCUCUCUCUCUCUCUCGCGCUCUCUUUGUCUCUCUCUCUCUCUCUCUCUCCCUCUCUCUCUCUCUCUCUCUCUCAGGUGAGCGAACUUACCUGCAGCAUUGCAACAUCAUGAUUAUAAACACGGUGCUUGAAGAAGUACACGUAGCGGUCCUCUUCCAAAAAUGGCUUUUCUCAUCCGUGGUAAAACACGAUGCAGGGUCCAACAAAGAGAAAAGUGCCCUGUCUGGAGACCUGGAGGACAUCCCAGUAGGUAACACAGUGCCCAUGCAAUUUGCUGUACAAAGUGGUUGAUUCCUCUCGCUGGAUCCCAAAUAGGAGCCAAUUCCUCCCGCUGGAUCCAUAGAAGGAAAAAAAUGCCCGCGGCAAUACCACUUCUUGGGUGUCGCGGAGGAAGCUUUCGCUAGGGGACAAUGCUGAGAUGGUAUUGUCACUAGAUGAUCAAAAAAUGUUAUCGCUUUAAAAAAAUGAAAUAUCAUGAGCGCAUUAUUGGGAAGGAGGUGAAAAAUAAACGUGAUGCACUGGAUCUGCAAUAAGUGAAGCGUGAAGUAAAGAGGGAUUACUGUGUCAGGUUAAGACACACAAGUGAACAUGUGAGAAAAGCAAUGAUCAAAAAGAUUUUAAUGUAAAGGUGUAAAUUUAUUUACUUUAUUGACUGAGAACCAACCUUCUUGUAUUGUGUACCAGCUUUUAUUGUAUCUUCGACCCGUAACAAAGGUCUCGUCCCAAAGAGCAGUUUAUCUGAUUUGAGCUUAUCUGAGCCAUAAAAGUGAAAAUAUCGGGCUAGUCAUUGAAAAAAUUAUUAAGUAGUAGUAAUAAGCAAAGUACAAUAGAGUAGAAAGACGAUAUGUUUUGGCGAUGACUGACAGUUUGGGGACAUGAAGCUACAUUUUUUUGGGUGAGCCUUGGAAGGAAGUGAUACCCUGUCAUGUUUGUCAUUUUUAGCAUAACGUCCUUUUCCAUCCAAAUCCAUAAAUUUAUUUUGUUGUUUUUUUUAAGCAGGAUAAAUUUGUGAGGGAACAUAAUUUUGGGGGUACUAGCUAUUUUUCAUGCGAUGAAACAAUAUAUGACAUCAAUGUAUGAUACACUACCAAUUUGAACAAAGCAGUGUUUAAAAAAAAAAUCAAGCAAGCUGUAUUUUGUUUUUUUUUUAUUUCCGGAAAGGUUUUAAUUUUGAAGGUCAGGAUUCCACCUGACAACUACAUGUGUAAAAAUAUGAUGAAUUUCUGCCACAGAAUGGAAGAUUCCUUUUCCCACACCAGCAUUUCCAGUGCUUUUUAAUGUUCUAUUUUGUUGAUGAAAAAGAGGCAUUCAAAAGGGAAAGGGAAUUAGUUGUUUACCAGUUGCUCCAAAAUGUAUUUUUCAUUUUCCUGACUAUGCAUGCAUUUUGUUCAGUAUUUUAGUGAUGUCAAUAUCAAAUAAGUGAAUCACUGACUGAAACACUGGAAAGAAUGACUUUUGAGUCUAAAAUGAGUUUGUGAUCCUGAAUAAAAUACAUUGA